ACCAAGUUUGCAACAGAAAGUGGCUAUGAUUUUGUGACAAUCAAAGACACUUCCAACUCAAGUCACAUUAUUGGGCGAUAUAGCGGUUCCAACAUUCCACCAGUUGUGGUUUCUUGUGAUCAAUCUGUAUCUAUUACUUUCACUUCGGACGGAUCUGUCACAGAGGAGGGAUUCUCAGCAGCAUUUCAAUCUACAAGCAGUUUUACUUCCAAUGGAUAUCCAUCAUUGUAUUCAAACGGACAACUACAACGUUGGCUAAUGUGUGGCACUCCGAAAGAUCUACUUUGCAUUCAUUUUACUGACUUUGAUACUGAGAAUGUCCACGACAAAGUGACGGUAGCCAAUCAGAGUGGAGUCGUUAUUGUUCAAUCAUACAGCGGUGCUCAAGUCCCACCUGACAUUCAAUCCCAGACAAAUCUUUAUGUCAAUUUUUCAUCAGAUGACUCCGUAACCAAAAAGGGAUUCAGAGCAACGUUUUGUCAAUUUUGUCCUUCAUUGACAGUUCCUAGCAACGGACAUUUGAACACCUCAGAUACUAAAGAAGGUGUUUAUGUUAGACUAACUUGUAAUUCUACAUACCAAGUAGCAGGACAAUCCAUCAUAUCAUGCCAACAAUCAGGGUCCUGGUCAAGUUCAAUUGGUUCCUGCCAAAGAAUAUCUUGUCCUUCUCCUCCUACAAUAAGGAAUGGUCAAUUCGUUGGCAACAGCUACUAUGCAGAAGAUGAGAUCACGCUUGUGUGUAACACGGGUUACUAUGUUCCCGGAGAUACAAACAAGUUCCGUUGCUCUUCCACAGGUGUCUGGAGCAAUGCAAUCAAAAUGAGUUGUUACGAAUCUUGCUCUGGCAAAAACACAUCUCUUUACUACAGCGGCGAAGUCAGUGUAUCUGAGUACACCAACCAAAUGAGUUGUCAUUGGGCACUUCAUGCUCGUGAACGACAGAAAAUUUUCAUUACAUUCACCAACUUUUCCACCGAAAAUUCUUACGAUUUUGUGACUGUUAGAGAACUUUCUAACACAAGUCACAUUAUUGGGCGAUUUAGUGGUUCCAACAUUCCACCAGUUGUGGUGUCUUGCGGUAGAUCUGUAUCUAUUAGUUUCACUUCUGACGGAUCUGUCACUAGGAAUGGAUUUUACGCAAAAUUUCAAUCAAAGAGUACUUUUACUUCUAAUGGAUAUCCGAUUUCAUAUUCCAACAAACAAUUACAGCGUUGGCUAAUGUGUGCCUCUCAGAAUCACAAACUUUGCAUUCAAUUUACUGAGUUUUCAACUGAGAAUGGGCAUGACAACCUAACAGUAGCCAACCAGAGCGGAAUCAUUGUUCAAUCAUACAGCGGCACUCUAAUUCCACCUAAAAUUGAAGCAAAUUCGAGCCUUUAUGUCAACUUUUCAUCAGACCAAUCUGGAACCGAGAAAGGAUUCAAUGCAAAUUUUUGUCAACUUUGUCCUACAUUGACUGUUCCUAGCAACGGACAUUUGAACACCUCCAAUAGGGAACUAGGCACUUAUGUCAAACUAACUUGUAAUUCAACAUAUGCAGUAACAGGACAAUCCAUCAUAUCAUGUCAGCAAUUAGGAUCCUGGUCACAUUCAAUUGGAUAUUGUCAAAGAAUAUCUUGUCCUUCUCCUCCUACAAUAAGGAAUGGUCAAUUCGUUGGCAACAGCUACUAUGCAGAAGAUGAGAUCACGCUUGUGUGUAACACGGGUUACUAUGUUCCCGGAGGUACAAACAAGUUUCGUUGCUCUUCCACAGGUGUCUGGAGCAAUGCAAUCAAAAUGAGUUGUUACGAAUCUUGCUCUGGCAAAAACACAUCUCUUUACUACAGCGGCGAAGUCAGUGUAUCUGAGUACACCAACCAAAUGAGUUGUCAUUGGGCACUUCAUGCUCGUGAACGACAGAAAAUUUUCAUUACAUUCACCAACUUUUCCACCGAAAAUUCUUACGAUUUUGUGACUGUUAGAGAACUUUCUAACACAAGUCACAUUAUUGGGCGAUUUAGUGGUUCCAACAUUCCACCAGUUGUGGUGUCUUGCGGUAGAUCUGUAUCUAUUAGUUUCACUUCUGACGGAUCUGUCACUAGGAAUGGAUUUUACGCAAAAUUUCAAUCAAAGAGUACUUUUACUUCUAAUGGAUAUCCGAUUUCAUAUUCCAACAAACAAUUACAGCGUUGGCUAAUGUGUGCCUCUCAGAAUCACAAACUUUGCAUUCAAUUUACUGAGUUUUCAACUGAGAAUGGGCAUGACAACCUAACAGUAGCCAACCAGAGCGGAAUCAUUAUUCAAUCAUACAGCGGCACUCUAAUUCCACCUAACAUUGAAGCAAAUUCGAGCCUUUAUGUCAACUUUUCAUCAGACCAAUCUGGAACCGAGAAAGGAUUCAAUGCAAAUUUUUGUCCACUUUGUCCUACAUUGACUGUUCCUAGCAACGGACAUUUGAACACCUCCAAUAGGGAACUAGGCACUUAUGUCAAACUAACUUGUAAUUCAACAUAUGCAGUAACAGGACAAUCCAUCAUAUCAUGUCAGCAAUUAGGAUCCUGGUCACAUUCAAUUGGAUAUUGUCAAAGAAUAUCUUGUCCUUCUCCUCCUACUGUGAGCAAUGGUCACUUUGUCGGCAACAAUUACUAUGCAGGAUACCAAAUCACACUUGUUUGCAACACGGGUUACUACAUUCCCGGAGGCAGAAACAGAUUCAGUUGCUCUUCUGCAGGUGUUUGGAGUAAACGAAGCAGAAUGCACUGUUUCGCUGUUACUUGUGGUCAACCAGCAACGAUACAAGAUGGAAGUUUUACCGGUGUCUCUUUCCACUUCCAUGAUACUAUCACGUACUCUUGUAACUCUGGUUAUGAGUUACGAGGUUCCAAUGUUUCUACGUGUUUGGCUAGUGGAACAUGGAGUGGUCCAACUCCAACUUGCAAAGCCACUGCAUCAAACCUGCAAAUUUCUCCAGAAGCACAGAAAAUUGUAACUGCCUUUCAAAAUUCAUUUUAUGAGAAGUUUGCAACUUUUACUGAAGAAGCAAGGCCUCCUCCAGGCUCUGCUGCCAGAUCAGCACGUCCCAUUGACAAUGUCUUGGCUCUAGACCUGAUCUUUGCUUUGGAUACAUCAGGAAGUGUCGGUAGCUCAGCUUUCAAUGAAAUAAAAAAAUUUGUAAGAAACAUGGCAACAGCUUUCGUUAUGGAUCAACAUUCAACACACAUGGGAGCUGUUGCAUUUGGUACCCAACUCUACCCCAUUUCUGAGUUGACACCAUCCAAGGCUAACUUUCUUCAAGCAGUCAAUGAAUUCAUUUACAAAGGAGGAGGAACAAACACAGUUGCAGCCUUAUUGAAAGCAAAAGCUAUGUUUACUGCAAGUACAAGAAAUAACAACAGACUGAAAAGAGUUCUUAUUGUCAUUACAGACGGUAAAUCAAACUCGAACAGACGAACACCCGAAUCUGUAGCUCUGGAGUUGGCACACAUUUCCGUAGAAAGAUUUGUGUUUGGUGUAGGAAAUAUUUACAAACCAGAACUUGAUGCAAUUGCAUCACCUCCUAGUGAUACUCAUGUUUUUAUUAUGACCAACUUUAAAAUAUUUACACAAUUUGCUGAAACUAUCACUCCAAAAAAAGUAGAAAGUCUUUGUGGAGUUGCUGGAGCACCCGGAUUCCAUGCACGAGUACUAAAUGGAGACUUCUCUCACUAUGGAGCUUGGCCGUGGCUCGCUUCUAUUUAUGUCACAAAAUCGCUUAAUCAAAAUCAUGUUGAGUUGAAAUGUGGCGGUACUCUCAUAAAUAAGAGGUGGGUAGUGACCGCUGCCCAUUGCAUUUUUAACCAACAGUACAGUCCAGGUCUAAUUACGGUAAAACUUGGAGAUUUCUCACGUGACAGAGACGAUCCUCAUGAGCAGACAUUUGGUGUGGAACCACAACCGCAUCUCGGAGGAACCAAAAGUCAGAAGUACAAUCUCCACACAUUAGAUAACGACAUUGCUCUUAUCAAGUUAGACCGUGAUGUUACCUACACUGACUAUGUGAGACCGAUAUGCUUGUUGGAACCAAAGCACCGCAAUGUAUCAUUUAUUUCAGUGGGUGAAAGUGCCACUGUUGUCGGAUGGGGAUUCUUUAGAGAAAAUGACAAAACAUUUACUAAUAUUCCACUAGAAGCCACACUUCAAUUUGUUAACAAUUCUCAAUGCAAUGGUAAUGUUGGUAGCACAGUGUUGACCAACAACAUGCUUUGUGCAAAAGGACAGAACAUCGAUGCUUGUCCUGGUGACAGCGGAGGCCCACUGAUGUGUCAGUCUGAGGUUGAUAAUUUAUUUACACUCUGCGGAAUAGUCAGCUUUGGAAAAGAUUCAACAUGUACGAAAGAAGCAUACGGUGUUUACACAAAAGUCUUCAACUAUAUCAACACGAUCUUGAUCAAGACACACGGAUAUUAAAAUUCUGUGAUACAUUGCAAUUGACGAACUUGUUUGCUUUCUCUUUGCUGAUUUAUGGUCUGUUUAAACGAAGCUUUAACAGCUGAAAACUUUGAUGAUGCUAACUGAGACAUAUUCGUUACAGUGAAGACUUUAGUGUUGUUAGUUUGUUGUCUGUUGAAUGAAUACUUAAAAUAAACUUUGUCAAA